AUGCGAGAGGCCGCUGAACGGCGGCAGCAGCUGGAAGCAGAGCAUGAGCAGGCCCUGGCUGUCCUCAGCGCCAAACAGCGGGAAAUCGACCUUCUGCAGAAGGCUCAGGUUGAAGCCAAGAAGGAGCAUGAAGGUGCUGUGCAGCUGCUAGAGUCCAAGGUCCGAGAGCUAGAGGAGAAAUGCCGGACUCAGAGUGAGCAGUUCAACCUGCUGUCCCGGGACCUGGAGAAGUUCCGGCAGCACGCGGGCAAGAUCGACCUGCUGGGUGGCAGCGCGGUGGCCUCUCUGGAUGUCCCCACAACUCCUGGCAAGCCUUUUCCUCCAUUCAUGAAUGGCCUAGCCACCUCCAUCAGCAAAGGCCAGGAGAGCACUAUUGGAAGUGGCUCUGCACUUGGAGAAGUUAUCCGGCCUCUCCCACUCCCUGCUGACAAGCCAGAGACUCUGUCCACCAAGCCCACCUUUCUGUCAAGAUCUGGUAGCCCAAGAUGCAGAUUUGAGUCAGACAUGGAGAAUGAACGGAACUCCAAUACCUCAAAGCAGAGAUACUCGGGGAAGGUCCACCUGUGUGUCGCCCGCUACAGCUACAACCCCUUCGAUGGGCCCAAUGAAAACCCGGAAGCCGAGCUGCCUCUCACGGCGGGAAAGUACCUCUACGUCUAUGGGGACAUGGACGAGGAUGGGUUCUAUGAAGGAGAACUCCUCGAUGGGCAGAGGGGUUUGGUGCCCUCCAACUUUGUGGAUUUUGUCCAGGACAACGAGUCUCGGUUGGGAAGUACGCUGGGGAAUGAACAGGACCAGAACUUCAUCAACCAUUCCAGCAUCAGCUUGGAGGGGGAGAACAUUCUGGACCUCCACUCGCCCACUCACAUAGACUCGGGCAUCACGGACAACAGUGCGGGGACGCUGGACCUGAACAUUGACGACAUUGGAGAAGACAUUGUGCCUUACCCUAGGAAAAUCACCCUCAUCAAACAACUCGCCAAAAGUGUCAUUGUGGGCUGGGAGCCCCCGGCAGUACCGCCGGGCUGGGGAACCGUGAGCAGCUACAACGUGCUGGUAGACAAGGAGAUGCGAAUGAGUCUCAUGCUGGGAAGCAGGACCAAGGCCCUCAUCGAGAAGCUGGACACGGCUGCCCGCACCUACCGCAUCUCUGUGCAGUGUGUCACAAACAGGGGCAACUCUGACGAGCUGCGGUGCACGCUGCUAGUGGGCAAGGAUGUGGUGGUGGCACCCUCCCACCUGCGGGUGGACGAUGUCACGCAGGUCUCCGCCCAGCUCUCCUGGCUGCCCACCAAUAGCAACUACAGCCACGUCAUCUUCCUUAACGAGGAGGAGUUCGACAUUGUCAAGGCUGCACGGUACAAGUACCAGUUCUCCAACCUCAGGCCCAACAUGGCCUACAAGGUGCGGGUCCUGGCCAAGCCCCACCAGAUGCCGUGGCAGCUGCCGCUGGAGCAGAGGGAGAAGAAGGAGGCCUCCGUGGAGUUCUCCACAUUGCCCGCAGGUCCUCCAGCCCCCCCACAAGAUGUCACCAUCCAAGCUGGGGCCAGCCCGGCCACCAUCCAGGUCUCCUGGAAACCACCUGUGCUGACUCCCACUGGGUUGUCCAAUGGAGCCAAUGUUACUGGCUAUGGCGUGUACGCAAAGGGGCAGAGGGUGGCUGAAGUCAUCUUCCCCACGGCAGACAGCACAACAGUGGAGCUCAUGCGGCUACGCAGCCUGGAGGCCAAGGGCGUGACUGUGCGCACCCUCUCUGCGCAGGGGGAGUCGGUGGACUCUUGCAUUGCUGCCAUUCCACCUGGCCUCCUGGUGUCCCCACCCCCACACCCAAGGACUGCUCCUGCAGCAAAGCCACUAGCCAGUGUUGGGGCCCCAGAUACCAAAGAUGAACACUUGGGUCCCCACGCCACAGUGGAUGAUUCCUGGGAGCAGGGCCGCACCCACGCCCCUGUGCAUGGGCACACAUUGGAACCGCCGGGGCUGCCUGGCUCAGGGAGACGGUCACCCUCGCCCAGCCGGAUCCUGCCACAGCCGCAGGGGGCCCCAGUGUCCACCUCUGUCGCCAAGGCCAUGGCCCGGGAAGCUGCUCAGAGAGUGGCCGAGAGCAGCAGGUUAGAGAAAAGGAGCAUCUUCCUAGAAAGGAGCAGCGCAGGGCACUACGCCCCCUCAGACGAGGAGGACGGCUACGACUCCCCUGACAUCAAGAGGAGAGGGGCCUCUGUGGAUGACUUCCUGAAAGGGUCUGAACUCGGCAAGCAGCCCCACUGUUGCCAUGGUGAUGAGUACCACACUGAGAGCAGCCGGGGGUCUGACCUCUCAGACAUCAUGGAGGAAGACGAGGAAGAACUCUAUUCAGAAAUGCAGCUGGAAGAUGGGGGUCGGAGGCGGCCCAGCGGCACAUCCCACAAUGCCCUCAAGGAGUGCUCCGAACAUAGGACCUCCGAAGGCGUGUUCUCGGAGCAGCAGCCCCCGCGCGGAAAGAGGCUUUUCAGUAUCCCCGAAGUAGCGGAGGAGGAGGCCGAGUGCUGCGAGCUGCACAAGCAGGGCCUUGGGGCGGCCACCAGGGCACGGGUGCCGCUGCUUGGAGAGCCCAGGCGCUCCAGGCUGCGCAGGGGGAACGAGGCCCCGCGGGGCUUCUGGCUCUCCGAGGACAGAGGCUGCCGGCUCAGCCGCUCGGCCGCCAGGAGCCCAGACAGUGGCCUGGACUGUGGCAGCGAGGAAGAGCUGCGCCCUGGCCUGGGGAGCACCACGGCCACUUGCCCCCCAGGGCACUGUCCCUGCGCUCGGAGCCCGCGGCCCUCGCUGGCCAGGCGGCGCACGCUGACCCGGCAGAGCAGCAUUGAGGAGGACUUUUGGGAGCAGGAGGACCCCAGCGCCGUCCUCAGGGGCGACGACACCCAGCCUGGCCCCGAGAGGCCCGCGCCCAGCAAGCACGGCUGGGACGAGCCCGCAGAGCGCCCAGACUUGCGGGGUGUCCGGAGGAACAGCGUAGCAAUGCCCGACAGCGGGAUGCCAGAGAGUAGGGCCGCUGCCCAGCGCGCAAAGCCGGCUCCCAGAGUGGCGCAGGGCCCUUUGAUCUUAGGAAACCCAGCGUCUGCAGGACGGGCAGAUAGGGUGGAUCACAUGGGACGGAGGUUUCCCCGAGGCAGUGCUGGUCCGCAGCGGUCCCGGAUGAGGCCUGUCCCGUCCAUCGAAAUUACAGUGGACAGUAGCAGUGAAGGCGGUUGGUCUCGGUCAGGUAGUGAGGGCCACAUCCCGCCUGUGCAAGACGGUGCUUAUUCCCGCAGCACCGGGGGACUCAAGAGCCGACCCAGGUGGCGGGUCAGGAGCCCUGACCUGCCUGCCCUCCCUCACGAUGAGUACAUGGGGCGAGACCGCCUGUCCCCAGACUUCUAUGAAGAGUCAGAGACCGACCCUGGAGCUGAGGAGCCCCAGGCCCGCAUCUUUGUGGCUCUCUUCGAUUAUGACCCGCUCACCAUGUCCCCGAACCCAGAUGCUGCAGAAGAGGAGCUUCCCUUCAAAGAAGGACAGAUCAUCAAGGUUUAUGGUGAUAAAGAUGCUGAUGGGUUCUACCGCGGGGAAACCUGUGCCCGGACAGGCCUUAUUCCUUGUAACAUGGUCUCUGAAAUUCAAGCUGAUGAUGAGGAGAUGAUGGAUCAGCUUCUUAGACAAGGCUUUCUCCCUCUGAAUACACCUGUGGAGAAGAUAGAGAGAAGCAGAAGGAGUGGCAGGCAUCACACGGUGUCCACACGGAGAAUGGUGGCUCUGUAUGACUAUGACCCCAGGGAAAGCUCACCCAAUGUGGAUGUCGAGGCUGAACUUACAUUUUGCACAGGAGAUAUUAUUACUGUUUUUGGUGAAAUUGAUGAAGAUGGAUUUUAUUAUGGGGAGCUGAACGGGCAGAAAGGUCUUGUACCUUCAAACUUCCUGGAAGAAGUGCCUGACGACGUGGAAGUCUACCUUUCUGACGCUCCUUCCCACUAUUCUCAAGAAGCUCCAGUGCGUUCCAAGGCAAAAAGGGUUCCUCCUGAGGGUUCAGGGACAGCAAGGAGAGCUCCAUCCCCCACAGUCCAUCUCCAUUCGGGGUCACCUCCGUCAUCUUUGGGUUCUGGUAGUCCUGGGAGAGGCAGGGAAAUGUCCUCGAAAAAGAAAAAGGGGCUGCUUUCCAAAGGCAAGAAACUGCUGAAAAAGCUGGGUGCAGUGAAAUGAUUCAUGUGCUCAUGGACAACUUCCAAAUCUAUGUAAUUUUCUUUAAUUCCAAACUAGGGCUUUCAUGACUCAAGUACUUCCUAAAAAAACAAUCU